AGGAGGAGAGACUAAAAGGUUGAGAUGGAUUAUCUCCCAAAACUAGCCGCAGUAGGCAUGAUCGGCUUGCUUUUGUUAUGCAGUAAUGUAAGAAGUGUUCCGGAUACAAGCGUCAUAAUUGUUCUCUGCAACUCGGGUAGCUAUUCCGAGGGCGAUCCAUUCGCCACUAGUUUGGCCUACGUCCUCGAGGACUUGGAGGCCGUCACCCCUAUGCGCAAAGGCCACGAUUACUUCAACAUCUCCCCGUAUCCGAAUGCCUUCGCCUACGGCCAUGCGGCUUGUAAUCAGAGCCUCACCACCUCGGAUUGUGCUGCUUGUUUGAGUGCUGCUGAAAUCGCCAUGUUUGGAACUUGUCAAAGUCGAAUAGGGUCUCGCUCGGUGCUCCAUGAUUGUACUAUUAGGUAUGAGCAAUACGCAUUUGAUGACUAGAUUAAACAACUCCACUGGAAAUUAAUGGACUUUAUCUCUAAUCAUGUUUAUUUUGUACGAAAGUGUUUCAAACACUCAAACUUGUCUAUUUCCAUCUAAUCAUACGUGUUUCAAGUGGAUUUGUGGCU